UGGCGCCAACCGAAGUUGAACUCUUAUCAACACUGGCACCAUUAAUUUCACGAAAUGCAUUUUUCAACACAGGAAUCUCAAGCAACUAAAAGUAAAUAAUUACGAUGAAAACAUGUCGGGAACAAAGUACAUCGACAAUCCAUAUCUAAUGCGUCAACAGUAUAAUAAAAGCAUCAAGACAUAAAUUCUCAAUGAUGUGGUAGACGGACAUUGUCAAGACAGCGGCCAAUAAAUUGAUUUAACUGAAAAUUCUAAUCCAUUUCAUCAUGUCCAACGAGACAGAGUUUCUUGAGGCUUAUGCUGCCAUAAAAUCGUCUUACAAAUUAGCCAUUGAGCAGGUCGAAAUAGCAAUCAGUUUUGAAGAACAGGAGAAGACGUCUGGAGAUGUAAUUGCGGCCUAUGAGAAGGCAUUAGACAUGAUUGAGGACACAUUCCGUAUACCUGUUGGGCUGCCGGAUGAGCUUGAUAACGUACAGGAUCAAUGGACUGAUGCCUGUGCCUUGAUCCAGAAAUUGAAGAGUGCCAAGAUAGAGAUUAAUUACCGCCUAAAAACGCUCAAGACGCCCAUUGAUCAGAGUGCCCAGGAGGCAAGGGAGGAAACAGUGGAUGGCCCCAAGCCCAGCCGUCCUUUGUUAACAGAGAAUCCCUCAACGUUCUAUGACAUAGCGAAUAAAGGGGGCUCACCCAAAACCUAUAAGGAAAUGGCAAAUGGAUUACGCGAGCUGUUGGCGAGUCGUGAAUCUGAGGCUCAAUUGGAUGAGCUAUUUCAGGCUCAGAUAAAACUCUAUCGCAUCGAAUCGAAUGGUGGAGUUACAUCUCUUACUGGGAAUUCUAAGAUGUCCCUGGUCAUGUGCACUGUUGGCGGUAAAUGGAAAUAUCUCAGUGGUAUCUAUUUCAUUCAGUGUGCAAUGGGUGAAGAUGACUCGGAAAUGAUUUGGCUUUAUCCACUGAUCCCCAAUAUAACAAAUUGCUAUCGUACAGAUUACGGGGCCUUUAUUUUUCCCGAUAUUGAAUCUCAAGAUCCUGGCAAUGCCUUUGGAAUUAUUCUGGUCAAGUCCCAACGUCCGCUUAGCACAACGGCUGGCGAAACAGAGGAAGAGCAGAUGGAGGACUUGCGACAGUUCUUUCUGGAUUUGCUUGAGGCCGUUUUGGCUGGAACUGUGGAGCAAUUGAAAUCCCCAACCACACAACGUGCUGACGCAAGUUCCGCAUCGACUUCGGAGCAGGUGUCCAAGCACAUUGUCUGUGCGGCGGAUUUCAUUGCCCGCAAUCUGGUAAAGGGAGCGGAGAAAACUGGUGGUCUUAUGAUGAAAUCUACACCAUAUUUAAUGUCGAAAAUGUCAGCCGCCCCGCCGGAUGCUCCCACCCAAGUACCCGCAUCAGUGCAAACAACAGUGGAGGUCGCUCAAAAGGUUACUCAUGCUGCGGCUGGUAUGACUGGAUGGAUAGCUGGAAAAGUAGGCACUGCUUCGCUGGCAGUAGGCCGCGCCUUGGCUCCCCAUGUACAGACGCAAGGUUCCCGCUUGCUGCAGAAAGGAUUUGGCUAUGACAGCAAUGAGGCCGAUAGCAAAAUGGAAGGAGCUAUGACAAUAGCAGCCGGAGCCGUGGAGGGCUUUACAACGGUUUUUGAUGGCCUGGAGACAUCGGCCAAGAUUUUGGGCAAUAGUCUGAGUGAAAACUCGGUUAAAAUUAUUGAGCACAAAUACGGAUCUCCAGCAGGCAAUCUAGCUUGUGGAACCUUCGAUACUGUGGGAAAUGCUUUUAUUAUCAGUCAAAACGUCAACUAUAUUACACCCAAGGGAAUCGCUAAGAAAUUGGUUAAAAAGACUGGUGAAGCUGUUGUUGAUGACUAUAAACGUGAUUUACGUAAAUCAGAAUCUCAUUAUAUAAAUGCCGGAUCUCUCUAUCCGGAUUUGAGAGCAUUAAAGGAUUAAAAAUCCUCUAUAGACCAAUUCAAAACCAAAGAUAUUCCAAAAAGACAAAAAUUGUUAAUGAUAUUUUUCUGCUUGUAAUCUCAAAAACAAAUUUUUAUUAAACAAACGCUUUUAACAGAA